AUGAGUGCGUGCAGCAGGAAGGCCCUCACUUUGCUGAGCAGCGUCUUUGCAGUCAGCGGCCUGGGACUGCUGGGAGUAGCAGUGAGCACCGACUACUGGCUAUACCUGGAGGAGGGCGUCAUCGUGCCUCUGAACCAGAGCGUCGACAUCAAGACCUCUCUGCACUCGGGCCUCUGGAGAGUCUGCUUCGUGGCCGGCGAGGAGUCGGGCCGCUGCUUCACCAUCGAGCACAUCAUGCCCAUGAACGUCCAGCUGACGUCAGAGUCUACAGUGAACGUGCUCAAGAUGAUCCGGUCCGCCACUCCCUUCCCGCUGGUCAGCCUCUUCUUCAUGUUCAUCGGUUUCGUCUUGAACAACAUCGGACACGUCCGUCCUCACCGCACCAUCCUGGCGUUUGUCUCUGGAAUCUUCUUCAUCCUUUCAGGUCUGGCUCUGGUGGUGGGUCUGGUGCUGUACAUCUCCAGCAUAAACGAUGAAAUGCUGAACAGGACGAAGAGCAGCGAGGCCUAUUUUUCCUAUAAGUACGGCUGGUCCUUCGCCUUCGCUGCCUUCUCCUUCCUGCUCACUGAGAGUGCUGGUGUCAUGUCCGUCUACCUGUUCAUGAAGCGCUACACAGCGGAGGAGAUCUACCAGCCGCGCCACCCCAACUUCUACCGGCCUCGCUUCAGCAACUGCUCCGACCACUCGGGCCAGUUCCUCCACCCGGAGGCCUGGUCGCGUGGACGAAGCCCUUCGGACAUCUCGAGCGAAGCCUCCCUGCAGAUGAGCGCCAGCUACCCGGCUCUCCUCAAAUGUCCCGAAUACGAUCAGGUGUCAUCCUCGCCCUGUUGA